AUGGGCCUGCAGCGAAGACCCAUUCAAAGUAGACCCCAGCCAAACAAUCCAGCGCAGCACUUUGAUUUGCAUGGCAAGGUCUUUGCGUACAUUGUCUCGACAUCCUACCCGAACCCGCCGAAGAAUUUCGAGCUGCGCAGAAACGCCAGAGCGAAUGCUCAGGACAAUCCCUCCAAUAUUGGCAACUCGACGUCUGCGACACAAAAGCCAUGGAUGAAGCCAUGGCCGCCAUCUCCAGCAGAAAAAAAUCGUCUCGACGGCGUCAUUGCCGCCGCUGGAGUAAACCAUCUUGGCAAUGCCACCGACCACACUGAGCAAGAUAUCGACCGCGUCAUGCGAAUCAACUACAUCGGGGCAUUUCACACGGCAACCGCGGCGGCAAACUACAUGAGGCUUCACAAUAGCCUCGGCUCUAUCCUCCUGGUCGCAAGUAUGAGCGGAUUGAUCGCAAACAAGGGCAUGGUUUCCCCGGUGUACAAUUCCUCAAAGGCCGCUGUGAUUCAAUGCGCGCGCCAAUUCGGGGUGAAUUCUCUCUGUCCGGGCCAUAUUGCCACACCGAUGGCGCAAAUGGUCAUGGACAAGUCGCCCGAGACCAAGAAAGUGUGGGAGUCGGAAAACAUGCUGGGGCGACUGGCGCAGCCUGGCGAGUUUGCAGGUCCAGCUAUUUUCCUGCUGAGUGAUGCCAGCAGCUUCGUGACGGGCAGUACGGUCGUCAUCGAUGGUGGUCAUACGGCUUGGUGA